GGGUAACGUAUUGUUUUACAUCGUAAAGAUUUUGUUACAUGCUGAAAUAACAGUCUAUAGACUAAAUCGAUAUUUUGCGUCUUGUUAAAAGAAUACAAAAUUAAAAUCAUAGAACAACUCCAUAACAUAAUUUAGUUUUUGCAUACAUUUAAUUAUCUACAACGGACGGAAACUGAUAAGAAAAUUUUUCAUUUUGUUUAUGAUAAAUUCGUUGCCACUAUUGUUAAAGAAAAGCUGGAAUAAAGAUUUCGUUGAUAUUUUAAGGGUGGUAUAUUUACUGUUUGAUAAAUUCUAUUAUAAAAAGUCAACUUCAAAGUGCCGGAAGGCACAGAUAAAUAAACAGGCUGUUUCUAAUGAAAUGAAUCCUAAUUUUUCACACGGUCUUUCUUCAGACGACAUAAAUUAGUAUCUUAAAGGGGGUGUGUUCUAUAUUUAACUCCGAAACCAUCCCGUCUAUUUAUGACUGUCAGCUGGGAGGGAAUAGUUAUAGAAAGAGAUUUUAUGAACACAAAUUUAAUACACAAAUAUUAAAAAAUCAUCAAAUCGUUUAAAUUGAUUAACACUAAUUGCCAGAAGCUUUUUUAUAUAGAAAUUCCCAGAGAAUGUAACACGAUAAUCUUAAUUAGCCCACUUUUAUUAUUAUUGUACGUGUGCUCGUACUUUACCGUGUAGUUUCUUCUAUUUUAUAACCUUUCUCUAAUUACCAUAACGUGAACGAGUUCGCUUCGAAAACAAGGAAACUACCACUAUAAAAUUACGCAAUGAUCUAUUUUCUAUUAUGUAUAGCAAUGUUAUGAAACCAAAAUUUAAAUCAAAAGUAUCGUUUAUAAAUCGCUCGAUUAAUUUAUUACAGAAACACUAUGAAUUUUUUUAUAUUUAAAGACUUAUAACAAAAGAAAAAUGUUGAAACAUUCGGUGCAUCCAAUUUUGGACACGGAUAAAUACGUGGUGAAACGAAGAUGUAGCAUGAUUUCAGUGAAAAUUCGGCGAAAGAGUAUAAUAAGUACGUGUUCUAAUGACAGGGUGAUAUUUAGGAAGAACAGAGGAAGACAUUCGUUUUCUUGGCCCAGUUCUACUAUAGAACCAGAGAUCGAUUAUCCGGAUAUCGAGGAGAAUAGACUGUCACAAAACUCUCCGAUAAUGGAUCACGGUUCGGGGGGCCAACACCCCCAACACGGGCGGUUAAAUAUGUACGAGGAGGCGGCACUCGCCCAGAUGAUGGGUUCCGGCAGGCCGAUGCACCUUUACCAAAAGUGCAGCCGCGGUUCGCACUCUUCGGACACCAGUUCCGCGUAUAGCGGCUCGGAUACGAUGGCCUCGACGCACUCGGAACUGGACAAUGACGACCUCGACCUGACGGGGCUCGUUGAGAGCAUCGUCGACAGCGACGAAGAGGACGACCUCAAUGACGAACUUGCCAGCAGUUUAACAGUAAGAGAUCGAAUACGAGACUGCCUCGAAAAAGAACCAAACGAACGACUCGAAGAAGAUAUCGAAACACUAUUAGAGUUCACACAACACUUAAAAGCGUUCACGAACAUGACCUUAGCGGUACGAAGAGCUUUGUGUCAGGUUAUGGUGUUUGCGGUAGUUGAAAAAGCAAACACCAUCGUAAUGAAUGACGGAGAAGAAUUAGAUUCUUGGUCUGUCUUAGUAAACGGUUGCGUUGAGGUAAUUAUUGCUGAUGAGGAACCUCAAAUACUCAAUGUAGGUGACGCUUUCGGUAUUUUGCCAACGAUGGAAAAAUUGUAUCAUAAAGGAGUGAUGAAAACGAGAUGCGAUGAUUGUCAAUUUGUGUGUAUCACGCAACAAGAUUAUUACAGGAUACAACAUCAAAGAGAAGAAAAUACGGUGCGGCAUGAAGUUGAUGGUCAAGUAGUGAUGGUAACAGAAUUAAGAGGAUCUUCAGAGACUCAAGGUGCUAAUAGAAGGGGACACGUAGUAAUUAGAGGAACGGCCGAGAAGUUAAUGCAGCAAUUGGUCGAAGAAAAUAAUUUAACGGAUUCUACGUACGUCGAAGAUUUCUUAUUAACUCAUCGUACGUUUAUACCGAGUCCACUUCACGUUGCCAAUCAAUUAUUAGAUUGGUUUAAAGAUCAAGAAGUACGAGAUAGAGUUACAAGGGUUGUUUUAUUAUGGGUUAAUAAUCAUUUUACGGAUUUUGAAACCGAUCCUGAUAUGAUUGAAUUUCUUGAAACGUUCGAACAAGGUUUAGAAAACGAAAAAAUGAGCGGUCAAUUAAGAUUGUUAAACAUAGCAUGUGCGGCGAAAGCGCGUAUAAGAAACAUCGUCUUGGCGAGGUCAAAUCGCGACGAAUCCCUCAAUUUCGAAAUUUCGGGCGGAUACGAAAGGAAUUUCGGCAUUUUUAUUUCUAAAGUGAACAAAAAAUCUAAAGCGGAAGACGUCGGUUUGAAGAGGGGAGAUCAAAUACUUGAAGUGAACGGCCAAAGUUUCGAACACAUGACGCAUACGCGAGCUUUUGAACUUUUAAAGGGGUCGACCCACUUAAGCAUUAGCGUCAAAUCCAACUUGCUCCAUUUCAAGGAGAUGCUCAACACGCCUGAUAACUCGCCGAGACCGAGAAGUCGAAAAACUUCGGACAUUCCUAAAAUACAAACCGACCCCAGAGCAAGAUUAUCAAGCGUGGACGGCAACGUUAUUUUAACAAUGGACACUACUCCUUGUUCACAACCGGUUACUAUAAAUAGUCCGCAAAAAGAAAGCAAGAAAAUGAGCUUUAUGACACUUGGUCCUAAGAGAAGACUUCAAAAAGCUUUAAUGAAAAUGAAUAUUUUACCAAAAAGUAUUAAUGUAGCUAUUGGGACUGAUCAAGUUGAUAAUUUUUCUCAACCAACUACUUUGACUACAAAUCUUUAUCAAUCGCAAAGUAAUCCUGAUCUUAUGUCGAUAUGUUACGAUGACUUAAGAUGUACAGAUUACCCUGAACAUGUAUUAAAGGUUUUUAAACCUGAUCAAAGUUACAAAUACCUCUUAGUUCAUAAGGAAACAACGGCUCACGAAGUGGUUAUGUUGGCCCUGCAAGAAUUCGGCAUGACUGAUCCCAGUAGUAAUUUCAGUUUAUGCGAAGUAUCGGUUUCCGAUACUCAAACGAUCAAACAACGCCGAUUACCAGAUCAAUUGCAAAAUUUGGCCGAAAGGAUCGGUUUGAGUAGCCGGUACUAUUUAAAAACGAACGGAGUUACCGAAACGCUUGUACCUGACGAAAUGGCACCGGAACUCGUCCGCGAGAGCGCCGUACAUUUCUUGCAAUUGAACGCCGUCGAAGUAGCGAUGCAAUUAACGUUACAAGAUUUUAAUAUAUUUAGGCAAAUUGAACCUACGGAAUAUAUCGAUGACUUAUUUUCGUUACAUUCAAAAUAUGGCACACCAAUGUUGGAACAAUUUGCCGAAUUGGUCAAUAAAGAAAUGUUUUGGGUUGUGACGGAAGUUUGUAGCGAACAAAAUGUUGUAAGAAGAAUGAAAAUUAUAAAACAAUUUAUAAAAGUAGCAAGACAAUGUAAAGAAUGUAAAAAUUUUAACUCAAUGUUUGCAAUAAUAAGCGGGUUAGGACACGGUGCAGUUUCGCGUUUACGACUAAGCUGGGAAAAACUCCCAGGAAAAUAUCAAAGGAUAUUCAACGAUUUACAACAAUUGAUGGAUCCUUCACGAAAUAUGAGCAAAUAUAGACAAUUAGUCAGUUCUGAUCAACCCCCUAUUAUUCCAUUUUAUCCAGUGGUCAAAAAAGAUUUAACCUUUAUCCAUUUAGGUAACGAUUCAAAAGUGGAAAAUCUAGUCAAUUUCGAAAAAUUACGAAUGAUAGCAAAAGAAAUUCGUAGUCUUAGUAAUAUGUGUAGUUCUCCGUACGAUUUAUUAACAAUGUUGCAGUUAGGGGGUCAACCAGCAAGUAACGCUAUGGUUGUUUUGAAUCAAUUGACAACGGCAAGUACACAAAAUCACCUCCAGGGACAGACGACGGUUAAAAGAAGAAAAAAAUCCGCAGCAGCUCCAAAUCCGAAAAAAAUGUUCGAAGAAUCUCAAAUGGUGCGGCGAGUUAAGGCGUAUUUGAAUAACCUUCAGGUGGUUACCGAUGAAACGAAACUACACGAAAUGAGUUUGGAAUGUGAGGGAACGACCGGAACGUCUUCUACAAGUCAACUUGGUUCAAGGCCUAAAAGACAUCCUUCACCUGCACCAUCAACGACGAGUAGUACAAGUAGUGCUAGUGAUGAACGAAAGCCAACUGCUAAAUUCGGUUCAGCUUCUCCUCAAGCAGUAAGAAAAUUAUUAGCUCUCUCAGAACACACAAAGACACGCCCGCAUCAAUCGAGACAACCGCCUCCAUCGUUAAUAUUGAAUCCGGUGAGUCCGUCGAUACGAAGGGCACCAAGCGCGACCGGAAGUUACUCUAGUUACGGUUCGCACAGCUCCAGCGUUUGUAGCGGUAACGGAGGCGGAAACGGCACUCGAGCAAUGCACGAACGUUCGCAUUCGGAUACACCGACACCUUUACCUUCCGUCGCUUUAUCAGCCGAAAGUAGUAGCGUGACGUCAUUGAGUAAUUUACCGCUACGGAAAACUUUAACUUCAGGUUCUGUGGCUUCUUCUGAUUCUGGGCACAGCACCAACAGUUCUGGGGACGUGUCACACUAUCAAACGCUCGGUCCUAGUCCUCCAAAACAACCACCUCCUUUACCAGGUUGGUUCCCUGUGCGCGUUGGUGUCCCGCACCCUGCGUGUCCUCAAGCUGUCGCGGUCUUGCCACCCUUACCCCAAGCUUUUCGUAACGGGUCAGGCAGAAGGCAACCACCGGCAUAUAGCGUAGUAGCGCAAAUGGCAAGAUACCAUCGUAGGUUGGGCCGUGCGUAUUCACAUGAGGGCGUUGCGCAAGGUUACUACUAUCAUACAGAUCCUGAUACGGAUCACGAUGAUGACGAAACUCAAGUAUCAGCAGUUUAAUUAAUUAAUAAGAGACACAAAUUAAUAUAAUCUCUUUUCGACCCAUUUUCAACGUUGCAUAUCGCUAACAAUAUUUUUAGUAUUAAAUACUCAAGGGUGUGUUUACUUUUAAUUAAGUACGUUGCCAACGAGGUACUGAGGCAAGUUCAACAAUGGUCCUAUACAAAUGUAACAUUUAAUUUUUUUAACAAUUAAAAUCUAAGGGACAUCAACAAAAACGCUUGCCUCGAAUAAAAUGUACCUGAAGUUUAAAAAAGAAAUGUUUGUCUGAUAAUUAUUUAUUGUUUGCUUUAUAUUUUAGAAAGAACAAUAAUCGUUUAAUUAUAUUAGGUAAUUUAAUUUUGUAAUAAUUUUCGAUCGUAUCGAUAUGAUAGGUACUUUUUUCUCCUUAUUGUUGGUGUGUAGUAUGGAGAAGUAGACUUUUUUGUUUAUAUUUUUUAGUGUAUGUAUUUAUAUUUGCACUUUUUUCUUUUAAUAUCAAUUUAUAGUUAAUUCAACAAUUUAGUGUACAUAUAAAAUCAACUUCGAUUUUUUACAUCAUUCCAGUUGGCAUUUUUCCUCUUUGUACAAAUACCAUUAUAUGAUACUAUUCAAAAUAAACAUUGUGUCAACUUAGAAAAGAAAAAAAAUUGGAUCUAAAUGUAUUUUUAUAUUUAUAGAGCUUUGACAAUUACUAUUACAAUUAUCGAAUCUCUGUUAUAAUUUUUUUAAAAGACCCACUUUUUUUGAAUAAUAUACACUUUGUAAAAGCUUUAGAAACUAUAUAUAAUGAACAACAAACUAUUAAAUAAACAUCUUAUUUAUUUAAUUCGAAUCUUAUUGCAUUUAGUCAUUUCUUCAUAACUUUUAAAAUUUUUCGUCACUGAUUAUAAUUUUAUGAUGUAAAUAUUAUUAUGUUUUAUCAUGUUUCUUUUCGCGUAGGUUAGGUAAUGUGAUCCAACUAGUCUUCGAACGUGUGUAUACAGAAGAUAUAAUAUUACUACUAUGUAUUUUUUUGAACAAUAUUAAGAAGGACCGUUUUAAUAAAAACGUAGUAUUAAAACGAUUGCAUAAGUAAGCUGCGCAAAUUUUAAUUAUUACAAAAAUAAAAUAAUAUUGAUCUUCUGUUGGUAAUUUAAAAUAUAAGAAACGUUUCUCUUCUACUGCUAGUAUAAUUAUUUAAAUGUAUUAUAUACGCAGACGUAAUAUAGAACCUAUAUGUUCAUGUUAUAUAUGUAUAUUAGUGUACAAAUAAUAUAUCUUCUUCCAAUUGAUAAAUAUAUCCUGAUAAAAAAAUUAAA